AUGAAGACCUGCACCCUUAUCCUCCCCCUCGUGUUUGCCGCCAUCUCGUGCACUGCCGCCCGCAUCGUCCACGACGAACACGACGUCCCCUCCGGCCCCAACCCCACCUCAAACUCCUACGGCCUCUCAUGGAAGCAGACUCAUGAGAAAGCUACCAACCAGACCCAAGGUGGGCUCGGCAGCUCCGUCUCCGGCUACUUCCCCGAGAUGUCCAAGGAGAAAAUCGGCCUAGGCUGCGGUAUCAACUGGGGGAAUGGCUCACUCCACGCCGGGUUCGACGGCGGUGACCCGGACAAUGGUGUUGGCGGUGGCUUCGAUUGGAAGCCACAUGCUCUCAGCAGUAUCGUGGGUGUUCACUUCAAGGGCACCAAGAUCAACCUCAAUAUGACGAUUACAGAGCAGAACACAGUGCUGUUCAACGUCAAUGGCUUCGAUCUCGAUUGGGACAAGGUCCUCCAGCAGCAGUUGCACAAGGAUGCCGAGAAAGACGGCGAGGGAUACGGUGGGGAAUUUCCGGCCGUCACCGACUUUAAGCAUACCGGUCCAGCUCUCCUCGAUGAUGAGAACCUGCCUUGA